AGAUCACGUGCAUGUUUCUCCAUCGUAUUUUUUCUGUGCUAGUCGUUCGACUGCCUUCUUUCAGUGUUCAACAUGGUGAAGUUUUUCCAACACACAUUCGCUUAUGACCAUCCCUGGGAAAAUGUGUCAUAUGCAUUUUGGUUGAGAUACCCAAAUCCAUUUGCAUCGCAUGUUCUUUGUGCCGAUGUUAUCGACAGAAGUAUCAAUGAUGACGGUGUGCUUACCACCACUCGACUGGUAUUAAAGCAGGGUAAAUUACCCAAGUGGUUCCCUCAACAAUUUGUCAAAAAUUCGGAAGCCUAUGUUAUCGAAGAAUCCCUGGUCGACCCCAAGACUAUGCGAAUGGUCACUCGUACUAGAAAUCUCAAUCAUGUUCGCAUUAUGCAGGUCGAAGAAACGCAAACUAUUACACCGCAUCCCGUCAAUCCCGAUAUGACUACGGUCAAGACUGAAGCUCGUAUUAUUUCCAAAUUUGGAUGGGGCAUGGCCCAACGUAUAGAGAUGUUCGGCGAAAGCAAUUUCUCUAAGAAUACAGCAAAGGCACGCCAAGGCAUGAAGCAUAUCCUCCAGAUGAUCCGAGAAAAGCGUCUACGUGAACGUAUGGGCUUCAUGCAGCCUCAAACUGCUUGAAUCUUCGAGGCCAAUUCCCAACUCCAACACUUGUGAAAAAUAACUCUCCCCUCAACCUAACCUGUACAUAUUCCACAAAAAUUGCCCCUUCCGCCUACAUUGAACCUCGUUUUUUCUUUGACCACUCCUGCGUUCGAUGUUCUCUUCAAUAUUCCCUUGAGCCAAUUGGCACUCUUUGUGGAAGUCUAAUGUAGCCUUUGUAACUUGCCAGUCAAUCUAUUGGCAAACGUACACCACAAUCUCAAAAAAUAAAAUAAAGCACAGUAUUCAAAUUAUGAUGGUGACAUUUGGAUUUUAUUAUUCUUGGUGCUGGAUGCCGGCCGGUAUAUCUUUUAAUGAAAUGGUCUUAACCCAGCAUGCUUCGCUUUCUUCCUCGUAAUCUCACUAGCAUAGACCAAAAAAAUAAAGUGCUCAGUAUCAGAAAGGUUUGCUGGAUAAUAAGAUUGACACCUCCUGAAA